CAGGAGAGAAUCGACUGGGACGGCGAGGUCUACACACAGCAACACGACCCGAACUCACCCAUCUACAGCAAACUCAACUCAUUCGAAGAACUAGACCUUACCGAUGCCCUGCUCAAAGGCGUGUACGCCAUGGGCUUCAAGAAGCCUUCCAAGAUCCAGGCCACAGCCCUGCCCAUGAUAGUGGACAAUAAAGGAGGAGUGUUCAAGGACCUCAUUGCCCAGUCACAGUCGGGGACGGGUAAGACUGCGGCGUUUGUGCUGGGCAUGUUGUGCCGUGUGGAUCCUGAAAGGAAGACGGCGCAAGCCAUCUGUCUCAGCCCUGCCAGAGAACUCGCACGCCAAACGGCCGAGGUAAUCCAAACCAUGGCCAAAUACACGGACGUCGAUUGUCUGGUGGCUGUUCCUGGUAUGCGCACACUUGCAAGGGGCGAGAAGGUGAAAGAACAUGUGAUCAUUGGAACGCCGGGGACUAUCGCCAAGCUGUUCAAAUCCAGGGCAAUCGAUGCUCGUUGGAUCAUACAGCUCGUGUUUGAUGAGGCUGAUGAGAUGUUCCAACGCGGUUUCAGGGACGACUCAGUGCGCAUCAAGAAGGCCCUGCCACGAAUGCACCAGACGUUACUGUUCAGCGCAACGUACCCGCCAGAGGUGAGUCAGUUCGUCUCGCGGUAUCUGAGACACCAUAACGAGGUGCGGCUCAAGAAAAAGGAUUUGACUUUGGACGCCAUUCAGCAGUGUUCAAUCGACUGUGAGACCGACAAGGGAGAUGGGCGUUUUGAGAAGCUGGUAGAUAUAUUCCAGGCUGUGUCACUGGGACAAGUCAUCAUCUUUUGUGAGAAGGUG